CCGGUUUUUAGGGCAGGCUGAUGGUGGAGCAAGGUGUCCCCGGGAAGCGAGGGCAGACGAGAGGCCGGGGCUGAGCAGGACAGUGCGGGGCGGAGGCCUGGACGGGCGAGGAGACCGAGCUGUGGAGGAGUGAGAGGUGAUGUCUCUGCACCCCCUGCCUGGGAAGAGGCCGCAGCGUUCCCCGGAGGAUGUUCGUGUGUGAGAGGAGGGCGUCCUGAGGAGGGGUGUGGCGGUGACCACUUCUGAUAGGAGACAUGGAGGACAAGAGGAACAUCCAGAUCAUAGAGUGGGAGCACCUGGACAAGAAGAAGUUCUACGUGUUCGGGGUGUGCAUGACGAUGAUCAUCCGGGUCAGCGUUUACCCCUUCACUCUCAUCCGGACGCGGCUUCAGGUCCAGAAGGGUAAGAGCCUCUACAACGGGACGUUUGACGCUUUUGUGAAGAUCCUGAGGUCGGAGGGGGCGGCCGGACUUUACCGCGGCUUCCUGGUCAACACGUUCACCCUGAUCUCCGGCCAGUGCUACGUCACCACCUACGAGCUCACCCGUAAAUACGUGUCACGUUACAGCAGCAGCAACACUGUGAAGUCGCUGGUGGCGGGCGGCUCGGCGUCAUUGGUGGCCCAGAGCAUCACCGUGCCCAUCGACGUCAUAUCUCAGCACCUCAUGAUGCAGCGGGUGGGACGGAGUAUGGGGCGCUUCCGUGUACAGGUCUCCGAGCAGAAACAGACUGUGAUGUUUGGACAGACCAAGGACAUCAUCCUCCAGAUCUUCAAAGCCGAUGGUCUGAAGGGGUUUUACAGAGGUUACGUGGCCUCCCUGCUCACCUACAUCCCAAACAGCGCCGUCUGGUGGCCGUUCUACCACUUCUAUGCAGAACAAUUAUCCAGCCUGUCACCCAAGGACUGUCCUCACCUCCUGCUGCAGGCCAUCUCAGGCCCACUAGCUGCUGCCACAGCCUCCACCAUCACCAACCCGAUGGAUGUCAUAAGAGCCCGAGUGCAGGUGGAAGGGAAAACCUCUAUUAUAAGCACGUUUCGGCAGCUGAUGGUUGAGGAGGGCCCCUGGGGUCUGACCAAAGGCCUCUCCGCUCGGAUUAUCUCGUCCACACCCUCCACCAUUGUUAUAGUUAUAGGCUAUGAGACUUUGAAAAAGUUAAGCCUGCGUCCUGAACUGGUGGACUCUAGACACUGGUGAUGGUGGUACCUACAGAGGGUACUGUGUCUAUAUACUUGGAUGGAGCGCACGAGUCCGGAGUAUGGAUUUGCGAUACUGUUGAGAUUCCACUGGAGUGUACACUACGUGUGUAUAUAUUUAUUAUGUGUAAUGUGCACAAGGAUCGUGUAUUGUACAUUCAGGAUAAGGGGGCGCUCCGUCUUAUCCAGAAAACCACUUCUUCUUCUUCUUCUGCACUGGGUUCUACUGGGAUUUCAGCCUCCACCAGCGUCUAUUCUGUAUUUUUUCCAGUAUGGUUCCUGAAAUUUCGUGGAUGAUGGCGAAUUCUCCGUCACCACCCUGGGGGAUUCUGGGAUAUGGGAGAAGUAAUGGCCUGCUCUGCAAUUUUUUUAUUUUUUUUUUUUUUUUUUUUUUUUAAAUGAUAAACUAUUUUUAUGUUUUUAGAAUUGCCUAUAGAUUUUUAUACCGAGCUCUAUUUGAGUUUUAUUAAAUUUUUAUGUGAUUGCCAAAUCUGGGGGCGAGUUUACGCAUGUAAGAAGUCUACGAGGGUUUUUUUUUUUUUUUUUAAUUUCUAUUUUCAUUUUUUUAUUUUAUUUUUCAUUUAAUUUUCCUUUUCAAUUUUUCAUUUUAUUUUAGUUUUUGGCUGCUAGUUU